AUGGAAGCUGCAGAGGCCUCCAGGAGCAACGGAGCCAGCCCGGAAGUCAGGGAUGCCCGCAGCCCCCUGAGCCCUAAUGGAAGCCUGGAGAAUGGGGUCAAAGCUGAAGGCAAAGAGGCCAAGACUGCCAAUGGGCACGGCGGGGAGGUGGCCGAGGGCAAGGGCACAGGUGGCGCCCUGAAGCCGGGUGAAGGCAAGGGCUCCCUGUUCUCUGGCAGCGAGUGGCGGCGGCCCAUCAUCCAGUUUGUCGAGUCGGUGGAUGACAAGGGAUCCAGCUACUUCAGCAUGGACUCUGGGGAAGGCAGGCGGUCGCCCUAUGCUGGGCUCCAGCUGGGGGCUGCCAAGAAGCCGCCUGUCACCUUUGCCGAGAAGGGGGAGCUGCGCAGGUCCAUGUUCUCAGAGCCCCGCAAGCCCGCGGUGUCCAUCGUGGAGCCCGGGGACGUCCGGCGGAACAGCUAUUCCCGGGGCGACUCCAGCACCCUCCUGCGCUCCAAGUCGGGCUCUGAGGAGGUCUUGUGCGACUCAUGCAUCGGCAACAAGCAGAAGGCCGUCAAGUCCUGCCUGGUGUGCCAGGCCUCCUUCUGCGAGCUGCACCUCAAGCCCCACCUGGAGGGCGCCGCCUUCCGCGACCACCAGCUGCUCGAGCCCAUCAGGGACUUCGAGGCCCGCAAGUGCCCUCUGCACGGCAAGACCAUGGAGCUCUUCUGCCAGACGGACCAGACCUGUAUCUGCUACCUCUGCAUGUUCCAGGAGCACAAGAACCACAGCACUGUGACCGUGGAAGAGGCCAAGGCCGAGAAGGAGACGGAGCUGUCACUGCAAAAGGAGCAGCUGCAGCUCAAGAUCAUUGAGAUUGAAGAUGAAGCUGAGAAGUGGCAGAAGGAGAAGGACCGCAUCAAGAGCUUCACCACCAAUGAGAAGGCCAUCCUGGAGCAGAGCUUCCGGGACCUGGUGCGGGACCUGGAGAAGCAGAAGGAGGAAGUGAGGGCUGCGCUGGAGCAGCGGGAGCAGGAUGCAGUGGACCAGGUGAAGGUGAUCGUGGAUGCUCUGGAAGAGAGGGCCAAGGUGCUGCAGGACGACAAGCAGACCAGGGAGCAGCUGCACAACAUCAGCGACUCGGUGCUGUUUCUGCAGGAAUUUGGUGCUUUGAUGAGCAAUUACUCCCUCCCGCCACCCCUGCCCACCUAUCAUGUUCUGCUGGAGGGGGAGGGCCUGGGGCAGUCGCUGGGCAACUGCAAGGACGACCUGCUUAACGUGUGCAUGCGCCACGUUGAGAAGAUGUGCAAAGCGGACCUGAGCCGCAACUUCAUUGAGAGGAACCACAUGGAGAAUGGUGGUGACCAUCGCUACAUGAACAACUACAGUAACAGCUAUACCAGUGAGUGGAGUGCUCCAGACACCAUGAAGAGAUACUCCAUGUACCUGACGCCCAAGGGUGGGGCCAGGACCUCGUACCAGCCGGCCUCCCCGAGCCGCCUCUCCAAGGAGAAGAACUUCAACAAUCUCUACGGCACCAAAGGUAACUACACCUCCCGGGUCUGGGAAUACUCCUCCACCAUUCAGAGCUCUGACGACGUGCCUGCGGUGCAAGGCAGCUCCUCCUUCUCCCUGAAAGGCUACCCUUCCCUCAUCAGGAGCCAGAGUCCCAAGGCCCAGCCCCAGACCUGGAAAUCCGGCAAGCAGACUUUACUGUCGCACUACCGGCCCUUCUACGUCAACAAAGGCACCGGGGUUGGGUCCAAUGAGGCCCCAUGA